AUGAAUUGUGAGAGUGGUCCCGCGAGACCUUCCAAAGAUGAGAUCCGAAGCCAUUUGGAUGCGCCGUUGCGUCCUCAUUCCAAUUCAAUCUGUGGAUCCCUUUUGAAUCCCGAGAAGCCGAACAGGGCCUGUAUGCAUAGAUCGUCGGAUGGUCUUUUGUUGAGUGACCAGUUCCGCUUAUCGACCAAACGGGAAAGUAUUCGACCAUCCAUCCAGGACGACUUUUAUUAUCAGACUUUGCAUGGUAUGGCUGGCUUCUGUCAAUUGUAAUGUAUUUUAUAAAAAUAUCUCAUAUUUUGUAUAAUCUUUUCAGCUCGUCAAGAGAGCAGUAUUUUCGCGACCGUAUGGGCCUCCUACAUCUUUGUGUUUAUCUCCGUUCUAAUAACUUUUUCAAUUGUUUUUUCUGUUGGUUAUCUCCUCAGCUCGAUGACAGCUAAUCAACGGACCUCAGGAGCUUCUCUAAACUCCACUUAUAAUGUGAGGUCCAUUCAGAAAUAAAAUUCUUCGCCUUUUCUAUCGUAUAUUUCCCAAUUUCAGUUUACUGAAACGAGUAUGAGGACGGUGGAGAGAGUCCGAGAUGUUCUUCAGUUGAAGAAAAACAACAACCGACCUCCCAGUGGAUUCUAUAGUGCCCAAAAUUGA